UUUCUUAGUGAAUGAAGGUUUUUAGUUUCGCUUUUGUCUUGCUUUGAAAAGCCAUAACAAGUUUGAAAAUCUCUUUGUUAACAUUCAAGUUGAAGUGAAAGUCAUGUUUGGUCUCAGAGUCUGAGUAAUUUGUUUCUGGAGAAGCAGGAGGCUUCGGUUCUCAGAUUCUCUUCGUUUCUUUCCGGUCUUCGUCGUGUCGACUCGAACCCGCCCUCAGCCAGGUAUGCAGGCGCGUGCGCGCAUCAGCUGGUCCUGUCAGAUCAGGCUGCGAUCGGCGCUGCGGCUCGAGUCCUCUUGGUGACGCUCUGCUGACAUCACACUCCUACUCCCCGCGCCGCUCCCCGCAUCAAACACUCGGAGCUCCGCCGGAACUCACGCACACCGGACUUUGCUCCCGCACGCUGCGGUCCUGACGAACGCUCAGCCGCAACCCGCUGAGGGCGCACCGAGGUUGGGUCAUCGGGACGAGGGGCUGGGCUUUUCCUGUCAUUGACACAAACCCCCGCGCGCCCCAGGUUAAAGGGAAGGACAAGCAGUCAAGACAGCUCCAACUUGGCCGAUUCAACGUGAACUGUCAAGUUUGUUGGCGGGGUCGGAGACGGAAUAAUUUGGAAGGACACACCACGCUUCUGUGGAUAUUUAUUUACGUCCACGUUGUUAAAACAAAUGGCAGGAGGACAGCGCGCGCGCUGGCCGGCGUCUACGCUGACCAACGCUUGGCUCCUGGCAGCAGCAGUCCUCCUCAACAUCAAAGGCAUCAUCGCUCAGAAAGUCCAAGUCGAGGUGGAGGUGGAGGCAUAUCCCACAGAGUCGGUUACUCUUCGCUGCCAGUUCAUCAAUGGAGGAAGCACAAAGCUCACACAGGUGUCUUGGAUAUGGGAACCUGUCGACGGCCAAAGGGACAACAUAGCUGUUUACCAUCCAGUCUAUGGACAAAGUUUUCCCAACCCUUUAUUUAAGGACAGAGUUGCUUUUCUCUUCAACAACCUGGAGAACCCCACAAUAAGAAUUUCCAAACUCCGAAUGUCAGACGCUGGCCGCUACACCUGCGAGUACGCCACCUAUCCCACUGGAAAUGAGCAAGGGACCACCAACCUUGUCAUGCUUGCCAAGCCCAAGAACUCGGCUGACGUUGUGACUGUCCAGGCCGGUACCAAGUCUGUGGUGGUGGCCCAGUGCGUGGCAGCAGACAGCAAGCCUGCAGCCACCAUCAACUGGAUUUCCUCCGUUAGAGGCAACUAUUCCACGAGCACCACAAGCGGGCCAGACGGCACGGUGACUGUACGCAGCGAAUACCGGCUGGUUCCCACCGCAGAAGACAACAACAAGGAUGUGACCUGCAUGGUUGACCAGAGGACGCAGGACCGACAGUGGACUAAAUCGCUCAGGCUUUCUGUGGAGUUCCCCCCGUCUGUCUCCAUUGCUGGUUACGACCAAAACUGGUAUGUUGGCCGCUCCAACGCAGAGCUGGUCUGCGUGUUCAACGCCAACCCGCCGCCCACCGCCAUCACCUGGAAAUCGGCAUCUGGUCCUUUGCCAGACUCAGUUGUGGUGGAAAACGACAGGCUGUCUAUAAGGAAGGUGGAUGAUGCGGUCAACACCACCUUUAUCUGUGAGGUCAAGAACAAGCAUGGAGCCAACAGUCACCACAUCAACGUAUUUGUUAAUGAAGCCUUGGAGGAUCCAUCGAGUACCGGCGUAGUGGCAGGUGCGGUCAUCGGCUCCCUUCUGGCCUUAUUGUUGGUCGUGGCGCUUAUUGCAGUUCUCCUGACCCGCAGCCGACGGCAGCAGAGGCGUGGGUACCCCAACAAUGGGGAGUCCAUAACAACUGCCAGUGGGGGGAGCAAUGGGGACUAUGGAAACAAAGCCCGCCUGCUCUUUAUUAGCUCUGGCAACAGCAGUAAGAAUGGAGCCAGCACAAACAACAACGGGCCCAUGUACACCUAUCGAGAAGGCUGCGAUGCCACAGGAAUGCCAACGGAAAAGGCCAACAACUACCAUCCUCAUCACCUUCAUCGUGCCUCAUCUGGCAACCCUCCCACUCCACACGACAUCCUCCUUUGCGCUGAGAUGGACGAAGCUGAAAGGAGGAAGUACGACCUGGAUGACAGCUUGGAUGAAGAAGAGGAACGAUACGAUCGCUUUGGAGAAGGUGGAAAUGUGCCGCCGGGCGCCUAUCAUACCCACAGAGGUCACCAGGAGGAAAUGGACGCGUACAUGGACGACGACAUGGAGUCUCAGAGAGACGGCUCAGUCAUUAGCCGGACUGCUAUUUAUGUCUGAUGGAGAGCAAAGAAGAGAAAAGGCCAACCGAGGAGCUAAGAUGAAGGAAGCGGGGAGUCUCAGACAACUACCCCCAAACACUUUUGAAAUCCCGACCACUCACAUUCGCUUAACACCCAACUACUAAACAUAAAGAAAAAACUGCCAUCAGUUAUUUCCUUUACUCGUCACAGUGACUGUAUAUUUUUUACAAAGGGGAUCGACAGUGGCACAAUAUGAAGUCAAAGUGAACCACUAAAAAGGUUUGAUUCUGUGUGUGAAACUGCAGAAGGACAACAGUAACCAUAGCAAGUCUUGACGCAGUGCCGCUUACAGCCUUGUUCUUGUCUCUUCAGCUUUGCUGCGUGGUUUUGUGCUAAGUGACUCAAGUGCUUUGACUUUCUACUCAAUCUGCAGUUUCAAGUAUGGUGAGCACUGUGAUCACUGUCACUGUUUAAAACAUCCCAACAUCCCGUCUUGAUUCAAAGCCACCGAGAAAAAUCCUCAACAACCUGUUGAUGUCUCAAAAAUCAUGGACGCUACAAUUCCCAGCUGAAACUUAAGAACAGCCAAAUGUAUAGCCUUGGCACAAGUUUCUGUUCAUUCCAGGGGGGUCUUUGUGUGGGUUGGACCCCGUCGCACCCCACAACACCACCUGGUUUCCUGUUGGGAGCUGCUGAGGCGAGAGGCCUCCAAACUGAGCAACAUAACAGACUUAACUGUGUGCUAAUGUGUGACUGGCUGUGCUAUUAAUGAUGUGCAUCAUCUGUAUAUUAGGCGCCAUCCCACCAUAGCACAGUUGUUGUUAUUGCUGUUGUUGUAGAUGUUGUUAUUGUCGUUCUUAUUGUUACUCUUGUGUAAUGGUGUUGAUCUUACGAAGGAAAAGACGCCCUAGGAACCUUGGGGGGGGGGGGGGGUCUCACACAGCCCCACAUUGGGUCGGUUAAUGACUCAAUACAUGAAUAAAAAAAUGUGCACUUCUCUUUCUUUAACUUUACCAAACUUUCCCUGCCUAUCCUCUUGUUCCAUCCUCCUUCUCCUCCACUCUGAUCCCUUCAUUCAGUCUUUCUGUUGUAUAUGAAUUGUAUAUUUGUUGUUUCUUGGGUUUUUUUGCACUCUCACACCAGACACUCUUUUCUUACUCUACACUUCUUUUCUUUACAUUCUAUUUCAUUUACAUUUCUGGCGGCUCAGACGAAUGUUAACAACUGUGUAGAGGACGAGGAGGAAGAUAACCUAUGUUUUCUCUCCUGUCUGUGUGGCAUACAGUGAAGCACAGCAUUCACAGGCCCUGUUGGAGAGAUUAGUCAUUCCUCACAUCCUGUCAGUUUUUAACUGUGGAGAAAAAAAAAGGACAAAAUCACCGUCUAUAAAAGAUCCAGGAUCAUGUGAAUGAAUCUGAAUCAGUCUUUAUCACGCUACACCUGAUGGGGAGAAGGAACUUCUCUGUAUCCAUCCACGGCAAACAGUCCCUUCUCUUGUUCUUGUUCCGAUUCUGGCUACACAUUUUGUACGCAAGCAGGAUAAAGAAAUCGGUGUUGAUUUCACCAAGAUAAGAUUAGUGGUUAAUGUUUAAUGAUGGUGUGUGUUUCCAUGGCAACAUUGUCUUUUGUCUAGAAGCUUUUCUAAGCUGCAUUAGGAUGGGAGAUCUAAACGAUGCCUGCAACUAAUGAUGAUGUUGCUACUAUCUUAAUUAGUUAAUAUCUAGUUCAGGACAUAUUAAGGCAUGUUAAAAGGGCAAAUGUUAAGAUCUCAUCUGGAAAUCAAACCAGCUGCCUGAGGUGACAGUGGGCAAGAUAGACUCAGCAAACUGGAUUUGUUGGAGGAACAUGGCGUUUUGUAACCUUUAACCUAAGCCAAGCAUGUGAUGAUGCUGCAAGAACAACUGUUGAACUCAGAUAUUAGCCCUGAAAAUGAUUAAUUAUGGUCACAUAUCUGAAAUUCAGUUGAUUUUAUUUGUUCUCAAGAAAAACUGUAAUGUGUUAUGCAACGAACAAACAGGGUCAUGUGAUGCUCGUUUAAGACAGUUACUGAAUGCGCUUUUAGCAUACAGUGUCAUUACCCACUUGGGCGGCAGUGGCUCAGGUGGUUGAGCAGGUCGGCCAAUGAUCAAAGGAUCAGCUGUUCGAUUGCCACUCCCCCCCCAGUCAACCUUCGUUGUGCCCUUGGGCAAGACACUUCACCCUCCUUGCCUCCAGUGUGUUCCACUGGUGUGUGAAUGUGUAUGAAUGUCCCGGUGAUGGUCAGAGACGCACACUGGAAGCCACGCCUCUGUCAGCCUGCCACAGGGCAAGUCUCUUACAACUCACAGUUUAAGAGGCUUGGUGCAAAUCUGGUGAAUCUUGCUCCAAGCUUUUUUUUCUCACAGCUCUACUCCAAAAUAUGAAAGACUUGCCGUAAUAUAAUUACGGUCAGACAAAAACCACUAUUAUUUUUUUCCAAAUCAGACAUCAACUGAUUUAACUUUCAACACACGUUUGAUCGGCCGUGUGUUUUGUUCGUUCAGCCCAAAAACGGACUUAAAAACUGCGUAGCGAUGCGUGAACGCCAGAGAUUUGAAUGCGGAAUCCUAAAACAUGCAUAUAUGUGUGUUUACAUAGACUUUUUAUAGGAAGUGGUUGCUUGAACGUGCAAUUUUGAGGCCGGUGUGAAUGUAGCAUUAUGUGGAGCCACAGAAAAUGAAGCAGUCUUUCAGCUCAUCAGCUAAAACUGUAACAUGCUAACAUGUAUUGAUAGUUGUACUUUAAGAUGUUGGUUUAACAGAGUUCAUUUAUAAAAUGUUUUGACAACUCCUAAUGAUUUCCUCUUUGCGAAGAGGAAUAGCAAAAGGAGUGGAAGAAAAUGGUAAAAAAUGAUCAUUACACGGAGAUUAAAGCCAAUCAUGUACAUUGUAAUGGACUCAUGCGUGCAGUAAAAUAUAGGAGGUGACUCCUAAUCUUGGACAUGAAUUCAUAAAAUCGUUGUACAGUUUGGGGGCUUUUGCUGUAAAACGUCUGUGCUGUGGACAACUUGCCGCUGCUUGUUAUAAAAAUCCUUUUUCUAAGGGAUACCAAGAGUUUGAAUCUCUUUUGAGGCUUUUCUCACCAAUGCACUGCAUGCACAGUCUGGAUUCUGGCUGCAAAAUUAGAGUUGUUCUCAAAAAAUCACUUCAGUGCGUUUGCAUAGAUCUGCCAGCCACUUCAGCUCCCCUGCAAUUUCUCUGAAAGACUCCAGAAUGAGAGGAUGAGAAAACCCAGAAUUUCGAUAAAGCACUGAGAUCUGCAUCCACUGUGCUGUGCCCAGACACUAGAAGUGUCCACAGACAAGUGCAUGUGUGAACGGAAUUUGCUGAGAAACUCCAAAAUUGUGGGCAGAUUCUGAAAAGAGUAAAGUUGUUUAUGUGUCAAAGCUGUUCAAUACUGUUUCAGGAACACGCUUGCCUUAUGUGUUUUGUUGAAAAUUGACAUUUUCUUUCAGAAAAUCAGUGUUCAAAUCAAUGUUGAAUCAUAUUAUCCCUUUGAAUUUAUGUUAAAAUAAUGUAUUUUAUUUUUAACUGUUACCCUAAAAAAGAAAGAAAGGUCCAUAAACAAACAUGUCCUUAAUUAAAAUACCACAUUUUCCAGAUGACAUCAGUUUGUUUGCCACGUCACGGCUAAAUAUAGCACAAGACUUUUGGAUUAUGACAUUUUUUUAACAAAAAUUCCAAUAUUCACUGCCAAAUUUGUUACAUCUAAAACAAGCUAUUUGCACAAGAGUCUCACAGUAUGGUGCCAUCAUGGUUUGGGCUUUGAUUGAGUUGACCAGAAACUUUUGCCUUUGCCUUAAAUUAAGAUGCACUACAGAAUAUAUCCCAUGCACAGCUGUUAAUACUCAACAAGGUGUUGUAACGGACCAAACUCAGAUUGGAGCCUCAGUUAUGUUAUGUAGCAGAAGUCCUCCACAAGAAAGUGAGAGGAUGCCAACAUCAUGAUGUCACGUUAGGUGUCAAAAAAGAAAAUGAAAGUAAGACCUUUAAAGUGAAUCAAGCUUUACUUUUCAUCUUAACAUGACUGGAUGUCAUUGUAGGUGUGAGCUGGUAAACUGAAGGACCUCAUGUAAAUCUUUGGACUGCAAUCAGACUUUAUAAUAUGCAUUCACAGUUAAGAGACUAAAAGAUGGCUGACUUUUUUAUCCUUUCACACUCGUUGUCUUAAUUAGUCUCUGAAUUUACAGUUUUUAAAAACAAACAAACCAGUGAAAUUUUUUUGUUGCGGUUUUUGCCAAAUUUGACAUUUUCUCAAAUCCCACUUUCAUUUUAGAUCAAUUUUCAAUUCAUCAUUUUCAAUUGAAAUUGUAAGAAAAUUACUGACUUUACUACUGAUAAUAAUAUAUUUGAUGGUGCAGAAACAAAUGACCUUGAGAAAGGAUCUGGAAAUGGGAACCCCUAAAGAAAGUGCUGAUUUGAUAGUAAUCUAAAAGUAUUUCUGACUCGCAACAUCAUAACCAUUGGCAUAAUAGUUAUUAAGGUGUUACUCAACAUAAACUGUAAUGACUGUUCGGCAAACACAAAAAAAAUAGCUGCAACAUUUACAGUUGCUGACAUCUUUAAUAUUACCCUUUUUUGCAAGACCAUGUCAGGUCCACGUCCCAGGUCACUCAUUGUUGAUUGUUGUGGAACAUUAUGCGCUGUGCAGUCUGUUGCUCUGUAUAUGAGACAGUUGUAUUUGCUAUCUUGAAAAAAACAAAAAAAAGUUAAAUGGAAAAACUUUUUGGAGCCUCACAGUUUGUCUGCUCAUGUUGCCAAUUGAGUUAAAGUAACCAAGCUGCAGCUGUACUGUUGUCACACAUGAUGAUUUGUAAAGCUUGUUUAUUGUAUCACUGGUGAAUAUUUAAUUGUGUUUUGUACUGCAGGGGGGUGCAUGCAUGGUCCCGGAUUUUCAAAUACUUCACCGGUUUUUAUUCAGAUUCACUGCAUUUACUGGAUGAAUCAUUUGGCCUGUAUUAAAACGCUGAUCUACAUUUCUAAGGCAUUCUUGUCAAAAAAAGUAAGUUUCUAAGUAACUUUGAAUGAGUUGUAACUCCUGGAUUUUUUCAUGUUUAAUCCUUUUCUUUACUUUUACAAUACACAAAUUCAUAUUUUUGGGGUUUCUUUCCUGUAAACAAUCCAAUUGAUCAUUAGAGCCUAAUUAGUUUGGAAGUCUUGUACCAUGUUUGCACCCUCAGUAAGAAAACUUAUCAGUCAUAACUUUUGUUUUUGCAUAACCCAUUUUCAAUAAAAGAAAAUCUUUCUGAGACAACUCUCUGUGGAAAAAUGUGUAAUUAAUUAUGCUGAACUGUGUUUUUAGUCUAUAAAUACCUUUGUUUCCUCGGCACACAGCGCAGUGCUGUGCGGUGCAGCUGCUCGGAUUUGCUCUGUUCAGCUUCUACAACAGAUCUGCAACAGCCUCUUCAUCUUUGCUUAUGUGGAAAUCGACUGUACGUUUCGUCUUUUCAGUCUCCUUAAAGUGCAAACUCUCCCACCUGCUUAUGUAUCAAGGCACAAUGGUGUCCACUAAAACACCUCAUUUGUGUAUUUGGAGCUUAGUGUACAGUGUAAAAUCACAAAAUUUAAAGUCCUAUAACUAGACUAGAGGUUCCUUAUUAUCUGCUUUAGUGAAAUUGACAGAUAUGCAAAAAAAAUCUACCUUUAGGUUGACCAUUUGAACUUUUAGCAAUAAUGCAGAACAAAUCAACAAAAUAAUGAUAUCCGUAUUUAAAAAAUGUUGUUACAUUUGUAUAAGUAUUUUACUCUGAGAUCUGGCUGCAAGAAUUUUAGUACCCAAAGUAGUUGAUUCAUAAAUGAAUCAGAUGUUGGGUCUUUUUCCUCUUUUCAGGGAAUCUCACUGACAUGUGGAUCUAUCCAUCAUUGAAAACACUGACCUAUAUACAUAUCUAUUGAUCUAUCAGAUUUGUUCUGCUGUGUAGAGCAAACUAACUGUAAAUCUGAGGUUUGCAAGCUUUAACACAAAAGCAUUUAAGCCAGUUUCUCACCAACUGAAACCCAGCAAGAGCCACAGAACCCCCCUCUACUAUUUAGAAUCAUACAUCUGAAUUUUGAAUUGAAAGUAGUCAUUGUUGUGCAGCAGAAGAUACAAAUAAGUACUUUAAACUUCUUCUAACCAUAAUAACAGUUAUGACUUAUAAUAAUCAUAAUGGUAAUAGUUAUUAUAAUGAUCUGACAGUAUGUAAAUCUGCUUAGUUAUGAUGUGACAAUGCUUCUUGAUUUUGAUUUGAUAUUUCGUCAGCAGUGAGGGAAAAAAAGAAAAGAAAGAAUAUACAUUACUAUUGGAAGAUCACCUCCAUUAAAAAAAAUCAAACAUAAAUUAAAAAAUCUUAACUGAAACUGAUUGACCUGAACCAUUAACACAUUAUUUUUUAAAAUCAUUUGCCAAAGAUCUUCAAUGGAGGGAUCAAAGAGCCACAUGUGUCCCUGGAGCCUGAGGUUCCAGACCCCUGCUGUAGAUCAACAAUGACGAGACAGAAGAUUAUGGAAGACAGAAAAGGGUGAACUGAAUCAGCCUUUUAUCAUUUAAAUUAAUUGUUUGACUCAGAGGUCUGCGGUGCAGAAAAGAUUUACUGAAGAUAAUUCACACCUUCGUCUCCUGCAGGCUGGACUUUUAUAACCCUACUCUGUCUGCUCUUGCAAAAAAAAAAAAAAAAAAA